AACACGUCAGGAAGAUGGAGCACAUGUACUUCGGUAAUUUUCAGAGCGAACCGGUGAAAUCUUCCCUACAAAAGAUCAGCAUAAGUAGUACCCUCUCAUGCGAGCAAGAUAGAGUCAACUCGCUCCAACAAAAAGUUCCAAAAAUUUCAACCACUUGCUUCCUUCAUUUUCAUUUAUUUAUAGAGUGACGAUAUUUCUGAGUACGACCGUACUGUAUGUAAGUGCAUAAGUACUUUCUUGACAAACAAAAAAUGGCUUCCUCCUCUCGUGGGCCAGCGCCUGUGAGUAUACAGGCGAAGAGCUUAGGCAGACUGAUGAAGGAGCAGAAGAUGAUACUAGAGCAGGGGAAAGAACUCGCAGACUUGGGGAUCUAUGUGAAGUGGGACGAAGACUCCUUGACGAAUGUGAAAGCGAUGAUUAUAGGCCCCCCCGAAACGCCAUAUCAAUACGGGUACUUACUCUAUUUUUUUUCUGAUUAAUAGUAUACAGCUUGCUAGUAUUGCAUGGAUGCGUGGAAAUCCGUAUAAUUAAUGUACAAGCAAUAACAUGAACAUGAACGUGAGAAUCUUCUCAUCGGCUUUCCAGGUACUACUUCUUUGACAUCGUUUUUCCGGACAACUAUCCCUAUGCGCCACCCAAAGUCCAGUUUAGAACGGGAGACAAGCGAGUCCGAUUCAACCCGAACCUGUAUGUGGAAGGGAAAGUCUGUCUCUCGAUUCUGGGAACCUGGCAGGGACCGGGGUGGACAAGUAAAUAUGACUUUGAUUAUGAUUAUGACAUGUGAGCAAAUUAUGACUUUGUGAUUAAUUAAGUAAGUAAGUAUGUGGUGAAUGAGCUUCUAGAUGUGAGCAAAUUCUGACUUUGAUUUUGAUUAAGUAUAAGUAAGAGCAAAUGACUUUGAUUAAGUAAUUGAUUCAGUAUAUUAAGUAACUAAGCUUUGAUUAAUUAAGUCUAAGUAAGUAUGUGGUGAAUCAAUAUUAAUCAAACUAAUAGGAUUCAUUUGGGCAGUCUUUCUCUUAAACCAGUACGUGGCUACCAUCAGGUGGAGCGCUGUUCGGAAAACACCUCAUUAGAAACGCGAAUAUCACUUCUUCUUAUCUUCUUCUUCACGACAAAAGAACCUCACCACGAAAAGGACCACCCCGCCAGGUAUCUGCAACCUCCGAUCCGUGUUGAUCACGAUACAGAGUUUGUUGUCGAAUCACCCAAUAACGAACGAGCCCGGACACGAAAACCAAACGGGAAAGAAGGAGGACGUCGAAUAUAACAAGAUCUUAGGCUUCGAGACGGUUCACUUAAGGCAUCCGGUAAUCCACCAUCUCCAGAAGUUGCAUCUUGGGACCGUUCCAGAGUCAUAGAGAACGGCUCGUCCAAGAUGAAUCUCAAGAUGGACGAUUAGGGUGAGUUCUAAUUCAUGUGGCAGUAGCCAGAAUGAUGCAGACACAACCACCAGGGUUUGAAAUUUUCAAGUCGGAAAUGGAAGAACUAUUCGAGAAAAAUUUCGGAAAUUUUAUCGACACUUUGAAUUAUGACCUCCUGCUAAAAAAAUAGCUUAAUAUUUGGUUCAACUUCCCGCAUCCGAUAUUCAACUCUAGUCCCAGCCUCUCUACACGGUUAUUCUCCUCGCUGAUCGAUAUCGAACCUGUCCUCUUCUAAUUCUCACGAUACGACGCCGACGAAGGCAAGACCACAAGGAGUCCAAUCUGGAGUUUCCCCGUUAGUUUUGAGACAGCUAGGGUGCGAGGUGAGCUAGAGAUCCUGCUAAAACGAGUGCGCGGUGAAGAAGUGGUGGUGUCCAAGACUGCUAGUGCUAAGAAGGCGCAGGUGGGAGUGCAGACGGAGAGUGAUACCAAGACUGUCCCUGCGAGUGCGUCGAAGAAGAAAUCUGUCGGCAGCAAAAACGAUGGGGGAACUGCUAUUAUGGCAUCAUCAGUCAAAAAGUGCAAAGAGAACAUUCUUCCGCUGCACUCAUUCUCUUUGAAGUUACUUGUCGAGAUCAACAAUAUAAAUAAUGGUUGUUCCUUAUAAGUUCUCGGAGUUGAUGUUGUAGGUAUCAUAAGUUUCUCAUCAUUCAGUCCUUCUUCUGCACUCGUCGCCUCUCCGUCUAAUUUCAGCAGCAAAAGUGCAGCAAGCAAAAGCGCAUCCAAAGCAGGCAACAAGGGGAAGAAGGUCGAUAAGGAGAAGGAGAAGCCGGCUCCUAAGAAGAAGCCUUCGUCAGCAGGCACUACACCCGGAGCAGGCCCACCAAAAAAGAAGAAGAAAGUUGAAUGACAACAUUUUUGGAAUGACAACAUGGAGCGGUUUUUCUUUUGUGACCGACGUCCCAUAUUUUCAGCUGCCGUUGUAAGACUAUCUAAAAUUAAGGGUAGGUUAAAGGUGCUUUUCUUACCGCUUUUUAUGCCUCUCCUAAGGGAGAAAGGCAUAAAAAGCGGGGUAAGCAAGCACCAAAAACCUACCUCUAAUAAAACUUUCUCCCACGUGAGGGGUACUAAUACUUGUUGUCGUAGACACGCAACCUCGUGGAUUGUUGUCGUAGAUACACCUCAAAACAACGUUUGUUGAAAUGUCUUUUAUUUCAAACUUCUACCACCUUAAAAGAAUACGUCGAAAGCACUCUGUCUGUAAUAAAGCAAUUUCCGCUUGUUCGCG